AUGUUGUGCGCACAGAUAUGUGCAUGCAUGAGGCACGCUGUGAUUACGAGGCUGCAGGGUGAUCAAUGCGGCAACACAUCCGGACCGAGCUGACGAGCUUACAUAAUGGCGCUAGCUCCGCGUCUCGUGAACGAUCCGGAAAGAGCACAGCCCUAAAGCGCUAUCACAACGAACGUGCGUUCACUCAUCUCUGUUCAGGAAUUCAGUAAUGAUGCAGCGGGAAGAGAUGGAGGGUCGUGGGGCGGCGCGACAAUGGCUGCGAGGGACACUAGUACUCGUCAGCACAUGAUUGGUUCAGGGCGGAUGUCCCACCGAUAGGCGAUAUCGAAAUUCCACGAAGUCUAUCACACCCAUAUCUCUAUUGUGCCUCUACAGUGCUGAAACCAUCAUGCCGGCACAUACGAUCCUGUUCUGGGUGACAUUGCCCGUCCUUCUGGGCGUCAUACUUUACCAGAUCGGUCUUCAGACCCUCCUCCCAGCCUCGAUACACGAAUACGCUGGGUUUAAGGUAUUCCGCAGUCUCUUCGAGGACACGCACUGCUACACUUCUGUCACAACGCUUUCAUCUGGCCUGCCCAACGCUGAGUGCUUCAGCGUCUCGAACGGAAGGUUCUCGAGGGUAUUCGAGUAUGACCUCAUUAAGCAAGAUUCGUCCUUCGAUGCCGUCAAAGACGCACGUGCUGGACAUGUGUACCCUGGUCUGUGGGAUGGUCACGGCCAUCUGGUCCAAUAUGGAGAACUACUCAAUUCCGUGAACCUCUUCGGUUCUGAGUCCAUGGCCGAGGUCCAAGAUCGGCUUGUACAGUACAAGGCAGAUCAUCCGGAGGAAGGUACAAACCAGCAUUGGAUGAGGGGUGUUGGUUGGGACCAGGCCAAAUUCAAUAGCAACUGGCCGACUACCUCUGAUCUCGAGAUCAACGAAGCUUUCAAGGGCCAGUAUGUCAUGCUCGACAGGGUUGAUGUGCACUGUAUCUGGGUCUCUGACAAGGUCCUUGAUCUUCUUCCUUCGCCCCUACCUGAGGUGCCAGCUGGAGGUGAGAUUGUAGCCAAGGGUGUCUUCUGCGACAAUGCGAUGGAGAUGGUUCUGGAACACUACCCUAAACCUGGUAAAGAUCGUAAAACGAAGUUCGUCAAGGAUGCCAUGGACGAGCUUAACAAGUUGGGCAUCGUUGGAAUGCACGACGCCGGUGUGGUUCCUAGCGAGCUGAUGCUCUACGAGGAGCUCUCGGAUGACAAAGACUGGACUGUCAGGGUCAAUGCAAUGAUUGAGUGCGACGCUCGCAACACUUUCUGCCCGCACGAUGUCAAGAAAUUCAGCACGCCAAACGGCAAGUUCCACGUUCGCAGCGUCAAGUUAUUUGGCGAUGGGGCUCUAGGUAGCUGGGGCAGCGCUAUGAUCGAUCCUUAUAGCGACAAAGAGACUUCAACUGGUUCUCUGCUGGUGAACGCAACCGUUCUUUCGUCGCUGACUCACAACUGGGCGGCUGAAGGAUAUCAAGUGAAUAUCCAUGCCAUCGGUGAUCACGCAAACCGACUCGCCGUCGACGCGUUUGAGAUUACACUGAAGCUCCAGUGCCCUGAAAUCACAAAGCUCAAGCGGUGUCAGCAGGAAAAAUUCCGCUUCCGUAUUGAGCAUGCACAGAUCAUCCAUCCAGAUGAUCAGCGUCGUAUGUUCGAACUUGGGAUCAUCCCUUCUAUUCAGCCUACGCACGCUACCUCGGACAUGGGAUAUGCGGAGUCAAGGCUCGGCAAGCAGCGAACGGCAGACGAAGCUUACAGGAUGCGCUCGCUCCUGCCUCUCGGCCCAGUCCUUGGUAGCGACUUUCCGGUCGAGCCGGCCAACAUCUUUGAAGGCAUGUACGCGGCAACCACUCGGCGUAGCCCGCGGACAGGUCUCGACCUCAGCGGUGGCAAGAUUGGCUGGUAUCCCGAGGAGACACUUACCGUCGAGGACGCAUUGAAGGGUUUUACUACCAAUCCCGCAUACGGCGCGUUCCUAGAUGGCAAAGCUGGUGUCAUACAGGAGGGGGCGUGGGCAGACUGGAUCGUGCUUGACGAGCCAUUGGAAGGCUUGGACCUGGAGGAUCUUCGUAAGGUCACUGUACGGGAGACGUGGGUGGGCGGCGAACUGGUUUACCAACGCCCUGGUCACUGAACGUGCCGACUUCGUCUUUCAUGCACGACUUCCAGAACGCGUGUUACAUCUCGACGCGCUGCAGGUGCCUGUCAUACCUGUGACGAUCAAAAGCAAGACUACUACGGUCACAUAUGGUAAGCUAGGGUGUACUCGGCCGUAGGACCCUGGACGCCGUGUCAGAUUCUUCACCUUACUGCAUACAAGUUGACCUCACUACCUUCCUGAUUGCUUGUUUCUUUGUGUAACUCC